GGCCGUGGACAACCUGCCAUGGAGCUUGAAGCCUUGAACUUGAACCCCACCACGCCCACCUCUCAACUACCCCGCCACAUAAAUUUUCUUGUGAUUCACCAUUUCACUCAACUCCUCGAACCAUCAGUCUCCUGCCAGUUCGCGUCUGCAUCACAAGCAAAGAUGGCGUUCGGAAAGCUCUACACCUACGCGGGCAACCCCCGCUCCACGGCCAUCCGCGCUGUCGCGAAGGCCAACAACCUCGAGCUUGAGGAGGUCGAGGUCGAUACCAAGCAGCCGACCGAGGAAUUUCUCAAGGCCAACCCGCUCCAUAAGGUCCCGACCUUCGUCGGCGCUGAUGGUUUUGUGCUCACUGAGUGCAUCGCUGUCGCUGUCUACGUUACCUCCCAGAACGAGAAGACUACCCUCCUGGGCAAGACCAAGCAGGACUAUGCGUCGAUUCUGAGGUGGAUGUCCUUCUUCAACAGCGAAGUGCUGCCCAAGCUCGGUGGCUGGUUCCGCCCUCUCCUCGGCAAGGAUCCCUACAACAAGAAGGCUGUCGAGGACUCCCGGAAAGCCGCUCUUGAUGUGAUCUCCGUCGUCGAGGCUCACCUCCGUGACCAUACCUACCUUGUCGGCGAGCGCAUCACCCUGGCUGACAUCUUCUCCACCGGUAUCAUCUCCCGGGGCUUCGAGUACUUCUUCGACAAGGAGUGGCGCCAGCAGAACCCCAACGUCUCGCGCUGGUAUGAGACCGUCUACAACCAGCCCAUCUACUCUGCCGUUGCUGCCCCCUUUUCUCUCCUCGAUACCCCCAAGUUGACCAACGUUCCCCCGAAGAAGGCUGAGCAGCCCAAGAAGGAGGCUGCCAAGCCGGCUGCUAAGCCGCAGGCUGAGGAGGAGGAAGAGAAGCCCGCUGAGGCGCCCAAGCCAAAGCACCCCCUUGAGGCCCUCCCUAAGGCCUCUCUCCCCCUUGACGAGUGGAAGCGCCAGUACUCCAAUUCCGACGCCGCCACUGCCCUCAAGUGGUUCUGGGAGAACGUCAACUUCGAUGAAUACUCGCUCUGGAAGGUUGACUACAAGUACAACGAUGAGCUCACUCUCACUUUCAUGUCGAGCAACCUCAUCACUGGCUUCAACAACCGCCUGGAGGCUUCCCGCAAGUACUUCUUUGGCUGCGCCUCGGUGUUCGGUAAGAGCAACGACUCCGUCAUUCAAGGCGCCUUCGUAGUCCGGGGUCAGGACUACCUGCCCGUCUUUGACGUCGCUCCCGACUAUGAGAGCUACGAGUUCACCAAGCUGGAUCCCAGCAAGCCUGAGGACCGCGAGCUUGUUGAGCUUCACUGGGACUAUGGCAAGCCCAUCACUGUCAACGGCAAGGAGUACCCGCACGCCGCCGGCAAGGUCCUCAAAUAAACAAAGAAAAUCUGAGCAGACUGUAAUACCGGAAGGGCGGUAUAUGGUAUAUGACUGAUGACCGGAAUGGACGGGAAUUGCGGGACGGGUUUGGGUCCGUUGGUGGUUCAUUGUGCGUUGAUAUCUCCGGUAGGGUAGUCGAGCAUUGAAAGGGUCGACUAAAUAGAUCCCAAGCUACCGCAAUCGCGGGGCAUGUUGCCAGA